AAGAAAUGUGGCGAGAGAUGUGUGCAACACAAAUGACCCUAGGGGGAACUCAAACUAAUCCAACAAAUGUGGUCGAGAAAGAGAAAACAGCGAGAGUCGUAGAUUUUGGAAGUAGCGAUCAGGCAAAGGGAGAUCCUAAUGAGAAUUUGCGUCUAACCCUUGCGAGUGCAGAAGCACAAGCUGUUGGUCCACCAGUGGUCGCUUUAUCGUCGAGCGAUUCAACCUUCGGAACGCCAACCUCGCUUUCGACAAGCAUGUCUUUCAGUACCGAAGAUGUAAUGGAUGAUACUGGCUCGUCGAACAACAACAGCUUAUCGCUCUUAGGUGACAAAACACUAGCACACUUUUAUUCUGAUCCUGAUGGCCCACUGAUUAUGGAUGCUCAACCUAUCACAAUGAUAGAUAAAGGCAAAAGUAUCAUGAUAGACGACGGAUUAUCCACUAAAGAAAUAGGGAUGCCAUCAACUAACACAAGAGUGUCGGAGGUACAGAGGAAUGAGAUGAUCGUGAAGGAUAUACCCAUUCCAACGGUCUUCUAUGACAGAGAUGCCUCCCCCAUAUUUCGACGAUCCAGGGGAGGAAGUUAUCAAACAACUAGUUAUCGAGAUGCUCUCCAAAGAGCCCUAAAGGAUGCUGACUACGAAGGAGAUGACAUUUACAUAGGGAGGAUUUUCAAAACAAAAGAGGAUUGUGCAACUAAACUAGCCAUUCAUGCGAUUCGUCGGAAGUUCCAUUUCAUAUAUGCGAAAUCCGGGCCUAACGUUGUGGCAGCUGUCUGCGUCAGCCAUACAUGUCCGUGGCGGGUUUAUGCAACUAAGCUAGCAGAUAGCGAUCGGUUCGAGGUCAGAAGCACAACUCCAAACCACACAUGUAGCGUGGAUGCUAGAGGAGACUUCCACAAGCAAGCGUCAACGGCUGUAAUUGGAAAGUUAAUGCGAACGAAAUAUAUUGGAGUUUACCCAAUGUCAUCUCAUGCUGCUUGCAUCGUCCAUCUGAAAAGGAACAUUGAGGCUUACUUUAAAUCUGAUCAGCUAAGUGCCCUAGUAUCAAGUGCAGCGAGGGCUUAUCGGCUAAGUGACUUCAAUCGGAUUUUUGCAGAAAUUAGGGCUAAACAUGGACCGUGCGCUGACUACCUUGCAGAGUCUAUCCGCACAACUCUCGUAACAUGGUUUGCGCUUAGGAUGCAAGCUGCCCAGCUUGAGGACAAUAUCCUACCACCAAAGGUGCACGAUAUGGUAAUCGAAAAUUACGAGAAGGGAGCGGGAUGUGCUGUAAUAAUGAUUGGGGAUGGGCUAUUUGAAGUUAGAGAAAAAGGAGGCGCAGCUUUUGCGGUCAAUCUAUGGGAGAGAACAUGUACGUGCAGGGAGUUUCAGCUGCUAACAAUCCCUUGCUCUCAUGCCAUAGCGGCAGCAAUACAAAAAGGAAUCUGAGUGGACACAAUGGUUGGAGUCCAUCACAUCACCCCCCAGCUUAGGUUGUCUU